UCUCGUAUUGUUCACCGAACUGUGAAUAGAGUCGCCUUGGUCCCCGUUCAUGGCCCCUUGGGUGCAAUUGGAUAAUCCUGCAUCUUUAUUCUAUCCUCCAUAGGUUUAUCAUUUUCAAGUCGACUCUAUUCGAGCUAAACGUACGGAAUACUAUCUCCGUACCUUGGUUUUACAGCGGUGACAUGAGCUGGCGACCAACCAUAAUUCGACCGUCUGUCUCCAGUCUCGGUCUCAGUCUCCAUCCUAGCGCGUCUCGGACACCUCACUCCCGUCAUCAGCUCGUCGACGAGCUCAGGAACUCCUUUCUAUCUGCCUAGUUACCUAACUCGUUGCCGGCUGUUGUGAGACAGAAUAUAUGCACUGCAAUGCCUCUCUUACUCGACUUUCUGAGCAGCAUGCGCCGCUUUGUUCUCAACCAAAACGGCGACGAGCUUCGCAAUUGGCUGCUCAUUGAGAGCGGUGUUCCCGAGAUAUAUUUCCAACUCGGCCGAGAGCUCAGGACGGGCUACCUCAACAGCGAUGUGCUCGAGAAGCUGGUCGACAAAUGCCUCCCCGAGGAAGACAACGUGGCCGACGGGAAGGGCUCUCCGUGGCCCGGCUUCAACUCCUUCAUCAAGGAGUAUCUCGAGUAUUGGCGCGAUGUCAACUUUACCGACAUUGUCGCCCUUCACUCGCGAAUUAGUGCUUUGCUAAUAUCUUGUGCAAACGCACUUGCAAACCCCACGUACGGCAACAUGCUCCUUCAGGCCAGCAUGUCCAUCUCAGAGUCUCUGUCAAAGCUGGUCAUGAGCCUGACCCGCCAGCCUCACCUCCUCGCGCGUAUCCAGGGCGACGCCUCUGGGGACGAGGCCGGCGAGAGGAAGUCCAUCGUGGAGCUGGCUGCAGACAUCAUCCAGAAGAUCUUCACGUCUUGUCUCACUGAUCGCUCCAGCAACCGAUGGUCCCAGCCCAAGGGGAAGAAAGUGGCCGUCUAUCUAUUUGCAAAUCUCACCCUGAAAUUGCUGUUUGCGUGCGACAAGUCACGGCUGGCCGUCCAGAUGUUCACUAACCUUUCGACCAGUGGACCCGCCCUGUCUCUGUAUCCCGCAUCUCAACGCGUCACCUUCCUCUACUACCUGGGCCGCUUCAAUUUCGACCACUGCCACUACCUCCGCGCCCACCUGAGCUUCGAAGAAGCAUACCAGCAGUGCCCGCCCCGGUUCCAGGGGCAUCGCCGACGUAUUCUCGCCUACUGGCUUCCAUCCAACCUGCUUCUCGGCCGCUUCCCUUCCCGGGCGCUCCUCCAAAGACCCGAGGCUCGGGGUUUCGCCGAAAUCUUCCUCCCCAUCUGCGCCGCGGUCCGGUCCGGGAACUUUGUCGCGUUUCACGGCGCGCUGGCCCAGAGCCGAGACUGGCUGUGGGCCAAGGGUCUCUAUCUUGCGCUCCUCUACCGUCUCAAGCCCCUCAUCUGGCGCUCGUUUACGAGAAAGACGUUCCUGCUUACCUGGCAGGGCUCGGAAAACGACGCGUCAAAGAAAGCGGCGUCGCUCUCGCUGCACGACCUAGUGACAACGGCCUCGUACGUGCAGAAGCUGCUCGAGGGAUACGUCCCCGCCAAGCCCGCGCCGAGGGCUCGGCCUCCCCAUAUCAACCAUAUUUUCAUGAGAGCCGUCACUAACAGUGCGGCCGAGUCCGAGUCCGACUCGCUGCUGGCGCCCCCGCCCGGCGGACCACGACGGCUAAUGCCUGCCGAGGGCCUUAUCCUCGGGAAUAAGAGACCUACGCUCGAUAACAUGGAGGCGGUUGUUGCGGGUCUUGUGUACUCGGGGCUGCUCAACGGGUUCAUGGCCCGGCAGCAGAAGCGGUUUGCCGUGGAGGGCACUAAGAAAUAUGGCGGGAAUGCCGUCGCUGCCGGGUGGCCGAACCCCUACAGCGGCAUCAUGGACCGCUACAAGGAAGAAUACGACGACGCGGUGGCCUCGUAUUCAUCGGGAGAACCCGUUGACCCCCCGGGGGAACUCGAUGACGUCCCGGGCUGGGUAAAAAAUCCGUGAUCUGUUAAAAAGGCCGAAGGGGAUAUAGAAUAAAUCUUUUUUUUUGUAGCUGAUGCCCCCAUUCUCAUAAUAUAUUGUUGUAGCACCACG